AUGAAUGACGAUGGAAAGGCCGUGGCAAAGGUGGUCGCCAUCACCAGAGGAGUUGAACAGUGGCAGUUUGUCCUUGGCCCGAACGGUGCGGUGGUUUUGGGCCGCGCAGCAGACUGCGACGUGGUUCUGCCCAGCCGGGGCGUGUCCGGGCGCCACUGCGUGCUGCGACACCAGAAAAAGGAGGACGGCACCUGGGAGCUGUUUAUCGAGGACGUUUCCACCAACGGCACGGGGGUCUCCGCUGGCAGCGAGUGGCUUCCGGUGCGGAAGGAGAGCAAGGCGCUGCUGCGGGUCUCGCAGAUCGUGUUGCCUUUCAACUGCAAAGCCCAGGAGGAGGCAGUGGUUCUCACGGUGUAUCCCCAUGGCUCUGGGUUGCCAGACGCCUACGACUCCAAGCGGAAGACCGGGCGGUGGAUGUACCGCGGGAAGCUCGGGGAGGGCGGCCUGGGGGUGGUGUACCGAGCCGCGGAUGCCUCGGGAAAGCUCAAGGGGGACGUGGCCAUCAAGGUGUGUAAGCUGGCCAAGGACGUCAAGCCCACUGCCAAACUUCGAAGCGCCUUCAUCUUGCACCGAGAAGCGCAGUGGUCGAUCCAAAGGCUUCACAAUAGCAGCUACAAGAAGUAUUCCCCGCAGAAGGCGUCUCUCUUCGCCCGGUACUUGGAGGACCACACGGGCCGCUGGAGCCGGGACCUGGACUUCGACUUGGAGCGGGGCACCUUCGAGGCCCCGGACUUCCGCUGGGACAAAUUUCGGCCCUCCGAGCCCAUGCCCCAGAAUCCCUAUGUGGCCAUGGAGUAUGUGCCAGGGAGGACGUUGCAUUCGGCACUCGGUUGGUCGCGGGACCAGCCAUUGAAGGACGAGGCGCAUCUUAGCCAAGAGGAGAAGGAGUCCAUCGUUAGCCAGGCCGCCGAGGCGUUGCUUUACUUGGUGGACAACGGCCUGAUCCACCGGGACUUCCGCACCACGAACCUGAUGGUCUCGGAGCGGAGGUCCACCAUCCGGGUGCGCGUGAUCGACUUGGGUCACACCAUCCUGGCGGAGAACCACCAGUGCCGCAACAAGAGCGCAGUGGUACGGUGCAAUUGGAAGGAAGAGGAGAAGAAGCGCUUUGACUGGGCCCCGCCGGAGGUCAAGGCCAGGGAGAACUUUGUAAACUUUGCUUACCCGGCCCACUCCUUUGACGUCUUCUCUUUCGGCGUGCUGACGGUUCAGCUGCAGACCUCUGGGAUGCAGGCGGCACGCUUGGCGGUGCAGCGGCUCAUGGGUGUGGAGAAGGGCGAGAAGUUGGAUGGCAAGUUAGGGUUCUCCAAGGAUGUGCUGGCACUGAUGCUGGGUGAGCCGGGCAAACGUCCCCACGCUGAGUCGCUCAUAGACGUGCUGAAGCGCAAGGAGGACGACGUGGAAGAGGGUGAAGACGCAAAAGAAAGGAAGCAGCAAGGAGGUGUCGUAGAUGCAGAGAUCGAGGAGGUGAUUGAGGGGGAGAUGGCGGACUCCCCGCACUCUGCCAAGGCGACGGCUGACUCCGAUCGAGUGGAUAAGAGCGCCUCAGCCAAAGGCGUCCAGAUGUCGAGCGCCUCAGCCAAAGGCGUCCAGAUCUCGGCAAAAGCACCAGAGAAGAGCAACGAAGUGAAGGGCAAGAGGCCACAGGAGAGCAGGGUGUUGAUCCUACGAAGCGCCAGCGCCUGGACAAGGCGAAUGAGAAGCCGGAUGGAAAGGUGGAGGGGAGGCAUUGGAAGAAAAGGAGGACUGACGAGGGGGAAGAGGAACGCAAGAAGGAGGAGGUCAAAGGGAAAGAGACCAAGGCAAAAGAGGCAACAAAGGCAAAGGAAGCAAAGGCAAAGGAAGAUGCCAAGACAAGGGAGGCCAAAGCACGAGAGGCUGCCAAAGCAAGAGAGGAGGCCAAAGCGAGGGAGGCCAAGGCAAGAGAGGAGGCCAAAGCGAGGGAGGCCAAGGCAAAAGAGGAGGCCAAAGCGAGAGAAGAGGCCAAAGCAAAAGAAGAGGCCAAGGCAAGAGAAGAGAGGAGGCCAAGGCAAGAGAAGAGGCCAAAGCAAAUAG